AUGAAAGUCAGUAACAAUCAGGGGAAACAAGGCAGCUGUCGAACAAAAAAUCAACAAAAUAAAGGAAAAAUGACUACCUCAAAUAUCGACUUACGAUCCAUUGAAAAAUUUCUUUGUAAAUUGGCCACUGAGAAAGUAGGGACUAUAAUCAAGACAAAAUCUGGAACGCAACAAACGUACGAUUUAAAGACAGGGUCCAGGAAAGUUGAUAUUGUCACUGAGAUUGAUAAACAAGUUGAAAAAUUGAUUUGGGAUUCAUUAAAGACAGAAUAUCCUACUUUUCAAUUCAUUGGUGAAGAAAGUUAUGUGAAGGGGAUCACUAAGAUUACUGAUGAUCCUACAUUCAUUGUGGAUCCAAUUGAUGGUACUACUAAUUUUGUACAUGACUUUCCUUUCAGUUGUACAUCUAUUGGUUUAACUAUAAAUAAAGAACCUGUCGUUGGUGUUAUUUAUAAUCCUCAUUUAGAUUUAUUGAUAUCGGCAUCGAAGGGUUAUGGUGUAAGGAUUAAUGGUGAAGAUUUUGAUCAUGUAGAGAAAUUGGGAAGUAUGGGACCCUUGUUAUUGAACAAAUCGGUCGUUGCGUUACAACCAGGAUCUGCUAGAGAGGGUAAAAAUUUUAAGAUUAAGAUGGCUACUUUUGAAAAUUUGUUAUCAUGUGAUGGUGGAUUUGUUCAUGGAUUUAGGAAUAUAGGUUCAUCUGCCAUGUCAUUAGCAUAUAUAGCAAUGGGAUAUCUUGAUGCCUAUUGGGAUGGUGGAUGUUAUUCAUGGGAUGUUUGUGCAGGCUGGUGUAUAUUAAAUGAAACUGGCGGGCGUGUCGUUGGUGCUAAUCCUUUAGAAUGGGAUAUAGGAGUUGAUAAUAGAACAUACCUAGCGGUUAGAGGUACAAAACGUGGUGAUGAAAAGGAUCAAGAAAAAUAUAUUCAAGACUUUUGA